AUGGGCACGAUGGAGAAGGUCAUGGAGGUUCUAAUCAUUGGUAGCACAUACAUCGUGGUCUCAGCAGGUUUGAUCACCUUCAACAAAUACCUCAUGCAAGAAGGCCGCUUUCCACAUGCUGUUCAACUGACUGCCAUCCAUAUGGCAACGACGACAUUCCUAUCCUUUCUGUUGUAUUCCGUGACACCAUCUAUCUACCCUUCCAUGCAAAAGGCCAAGGAGAACUUUACACAGCUAGCCAAGUUUCUGGCUCCUUUGGGCAUUCUCUUUGCAGUUGCCUUGUUCUGCUCCAACAAAGCCUACUUCUAUUCCUCUGUAGCCUUCCUCCAGUUCUGCAAACAAGGCAACGUGGUCAUCGUCUUUGUUGCUUCGUGCAUCAUCGGACUCCAGAAGUUCAGCUGGAUGAAGUCCUGCAUUUUAGCGAUUGUGGUUUUGGGAUGUUCACUUUGUGCCACGGGAGAGAUCAAAUUUCGACUCCCUGGGCUGCUUUUGCAACUGCUGUCGCAGGCCUCAGAGUGCACCAAGAACCUCAUAGGAGAAGUGGUCCUCACUGGUGCCGGCCUGAAGCUGGAUGUGUUGACUUUCGUGGCCUUCCAAGCGUCCUUCUCGCUUCUUCCGCUACUACUAGGCUCGGCCUGGCUGUGGACCCCCGAAGUCUCGCAGGACUUUGCAGCGAUGUGGCAGGUCUUGCUGCUGAACGCUCUCGUGGCCUUUGCGCUAAACCUCCUGAUCGCUUUGACCUUGAAACGUCUAUCGGCCUUGUCCUUCGUGCUGAUUGGCCUCACCAAGGAUGUGAGCAUCGUGAGCUCAUCCUCGACCAUUUUUGGUGAUCCCAUUUCUCGUCAGCAGACGGUGGGCUUCAUGAUCACCAUGUUAGGCCAACCAGAGCUGAACGUGGACGAUGCUGAAGAAGCAGACACAGCCUAUGAGGAGGCGCGUCCUCAGACGUUCCAUGAAUGGCUCACCAAUUUCACUCAGGUGCAGCGCGUCCCAGGCGUGUCCACCGGUCAGGUCCAGCUGAAUCGGAAGUUGGCCGAAAUUGCAGAGGAGAAGAGCCUGGACUUCCCGGGCUUUUUGCAGCUCAUGCAGUGGAUGUUGGACAAUGACUUCUGCGACAUCAACCGGCUUGCAGCCAAACACUUGGAGCAUCAGUCGACAGCUCGGGACGAGGCCUGGGAUGCAGCAUCCCAAACCCCACAAACCUGGGACGCCUUCGGCAAGCUGAAAUGGGAGACACUUCUUUCUUUCUCUUAUUUCUACAAGUGA